CAUUUAGUCUUAAACGUUCUCUUGAUUCUGCGCGAUCGUUUUUAACGCGUUUUUCUGUGGCUGGUUCAAAGAAAUUUUCGGAAGAAAAAAAAUAUAUACAUAUUUCUAUACCCUAUAAUAUCAAAUAAAACUAAGGGGCUUCUAACGCUUUUUUUUUUGGUGUAAUGGUUCUAAUAGAAAUUAUUGGCCAUUUCUAAUCCACAGCAGGGCUGUUGAAAAAGAUAUUGUUUAAUAAUAUAAAAAAAGUACCUAUUUUGUAAAUGAUUUUAAAUUAAUUAAAAUAAAGGUGUAAAAAUUCAAGUGGCCAUAUUUGUUUAAAGAAAAUUUUUGAAAAUUUAAAAAAAGUGAAAAAAUUGAUAAUUAAAUAUUGCAACAAAAUCGUAAAAAAAAGUAUAGAAAAAGUUUAUAGAGUUCUGGUUUUCUUUUGGAGAUCACGCUCUCAUUGUUUACUGCUAAAGUUGUUCCCCCUCCCCCUUUCACACUGUUUUGUAGAGCGUGGUGCGCUCUCUCUCUGGUUUUUUUGUUACGCCAAAAAGUUAAAGAAAAUGAAGUGUAAAAAUUGUGCAAAAAAUCAAUAGAAGGAAAAUUCAAGAAAAUAUCGUAAAGUAUUUAUAAAACCAAGUGAUCAUUAACCUUUAGUUUUGAAUAAAAAAAAAACAUCUGUUCUAAAGCAAAUUAAAAAAUAAAUAAAAAAGAAAACAUAAAACAUAAAGAAUAUUGAAAAAAAUAUUAAAAAUAAAAGAAAAUCUUAAGAAAAAUUGAUGCCAUAAAAAUAGAAAAUCUAAAGUUUUCAAUAAAAAAAAAAUUGUGUUAAACUAAAAAAGUGCCAAAUUUUAAUAAAUUAUAAAGAAAUUAAAAUCUUAAACUAGCAGCAAAGAAGCGCGCCUAUUUUUAUCUUUAUUUCAUCAUCGAAAAAUACGAAAAACUCAUUAACAACAUCGUCUACAAAAUCCCCUCUAGCAUUCUCUGCUGUUUGUUCCUAUACACUCUUAAAAGAAACGAAAAAAAAUUAAUGAAUUUGUAUAAAUUUCUUAGAAAUUAUAAGAAAAAGAUAAACAUUUAAAAAAAAUUUUAAAAAUUAUAAAAAAUUAACCCAUUUUAGCAAAAACAGAAAAAAUCUUUCAAUUCCCCGUUUAAAAAAAAAUUCUAUUAAUUUGUUUUAUUUUUAUUAAAAAUUACGCAUGAAAAAUAUUACCAGCUCUGGCACUUGCGGCAGUGGCCUGCUGCAAUUGCAAAAUAAUCUGGUGGUCAGUCAUCAAUUGGAAAAUGGUGAUGAUACCAAACAAAAAGACGGUAUAGUUGGCCCUGGCACUAUAACCUCACCGUGGACGCCAGUGAGUGCCGGACAUCCGAGUUCGCUCGGACCGGCUGACUCAAAUGGCAGUAUGGUAGAUAGUAAAAAUUUAGAUGUCGGCGAUAUGAGUGAUGAUGAAAAAGAUCUAUCAAAUGCCGAUGCCGAAGGUGUUUGGAGUCCAGAUAUUGAACAAAGUUUUCAAGAAGCCCUCUCAAUAUAUCCACCAUGUGGACGUAGAAAAAUUAUACUCUCCGAUGAGGGUAAAAUGUAUGGACGCAACGAACUUAUCGCCCGUUAUAUUAAAUUACGCACCGGCAAAACGAGAACCCGCAAACAAGUCAGUUCUCACAUACAAGUGUUGGCACGUCGAAAAUUGCGCGAAAUACAGGCGAAAAUCAAAGUUGAACCAAAUGGUGUUUUAGGUGGUCCCGGUGCAAAUAAUGCGGCCGUUUUACAGCUGUUAAAUGAAAAGGAAAAAGCUUUACAGGCCAUGUCUGGCAUGACCAGUUCACAAAUAGUAUCCGCUCAGGCGGUGAAAAAUUUGACAUUAGCUGCCUCUGCCCUUAGUGGUUUACACCACCACCAUCAUCAUCAUGCUGUGCCUCCCCACCAUACACACCAUCAUCUGCACCACCAACACCACCACCACCCUAGUAAUCAACACCACCACCACCACCAUCCCUUACACAAUCACACGUCGGCCAAUUCGUCCACGUCGUCUUCGUCCUCUUCGGCUGUUAGUGCGAAUCCUUUGGGUCAUUCUUUACGGCCAGAUAUGCCACCACCACCGCCGCAUCCCCACCAUCAUCUUCACCAUCACCACAAUCAACAUACAACAAAUUCGCAAUUUUGGCAACCCGGUCUACAGCCGAGCACUUCACAAGAUUUUUAUGAUUACAGUAUAAAACCAUUUGCACAACAACCAUAUCCCGCCGGCAAACCAUCAACAGCUGUAUCUGGUGAUAUUGAAGCUGGACUUCCGCCAGCACAGCUGCCGUGGGAAGGCAGAGCGAUAGCAACGCACAAAUUUAGAUUAUUAGAAUUUUCAGCGUUUAUGGAAAUAAGACGAGAUGAAAUUUACAACCGGCAUUUGUUUGUACAAUUGGGCGGUAAACCCUCCUUUUCGGAUCCCCUACUUGAGACUGUUGAUAUACGACAAAUCUUUGAUAAAUUCCCAGAAAAAUCGGGUGGUCUUAAAGAUCUCUAUGAGAAAGGUCCGCAGAAUGCUUUCUAUUUAGUGAAAUGUUGGGCCGAUUUAAAUACAGACUUAACUGGCACCGAAACCGGUGACUUUUAUGGCGUAACUAGCCAAUACGAAAGUAAUGAAAAUGUGGUUUUGGUGUGUUCAACAAAAGUCUGCUCAUUUGGUUCGCAAGUAGUGGAAAAAGUUGAAACCGAAUAUUCACGCUUGGAAAAUGGUCGUUUUGUCUAUCGUAUUGAACGUUCACCCAUGUGUGAAUAUAUGAUUAAUUUCAUACAAAAGUUGAAAAAUUUACCUGAACACUAUAUGAUGAAUAGUGUAUUGGAAAAUUUUACAAUAUUGCAAGUAAUUCAAUCCCGCGAAACACAAGAGACAUUACUCUGUAUAGCGUAUGUCUUUGAAGUUGCAGCACAAAAUAGUGGUGCCACGCAUCACAUUUAUCGGUUAAUAAAGGAAUAGCAUGAACUCCCAGCAUUGGCCAAUAACAC